UGCGCUACUGUGAAGAUACAUCACCUUUUCCGUUUUUCCAAGAUGGCUCAAGAUAUAGUAGGCUUUUCUUCUGAUUAUCAGUUUUGGAUGCAGAAACUUUCUGUGUGGCACCAGGCCUCCACUUUGGAAACCCAGCAAGACACCUGCCUUCAUCUACAUCGAUUUCAGGAAUUCCUGAGGCAGAUGUAUGAAGUCUUGAAAGAGAUGGAUUCAACUAUGAUCAUUGAAAGAUUUCCCACAAUAGGUCAACUGUUGGCAAAAAUUUGUUGGAAUCCUUUUAUUUUAGCAUUUGAUGAAAGCCAAAAACUUCUACUGUGGUGCUUAUGUUGUCUGAUUAAUAAAGAACCACAGAAUUCUGAAGAAUUGAAACUGAACUCCUGGACACGGGGCUUGUUAUCUCAUAUGCUUUCAGCAUUCAGAUUUGAUACAAAAGAACUGGGUCUUUUUACUCAAGGUCUUGGAUAUGCACCUGCAGAUUACUAUCCUGGUUUACUUAAAAAUAUGGUUUUAUCGUUAGUGUCUGAACUCCGAGAGAAUCAUCUUAAUGGAUUUAACACUCAAAGGCGAAUGGCUCCUGAAAAGAUAAGGUUCCUGUCUCGAGUUUGUGUACCACUCGUAACUCUGCCUGAUGCUGAACCACUGGUCGAGGCUCUGCUCACCUACCAUGGCUAUGAACCUCAAGAAGUGCUCUGGCCUGAAUUCUUUGAUGCUGUGAAUGAGGCCUUUUUGCUGAAGAAGAUUUCUCUCCCCACAUCAGCUGUCAUCUGCCUCUGGCUUCGGCACCUUCCCAGCCUUGAAAAAGCAACACUGCAUCUUUUUGAAAAGCUAAUCUCCAGUGAGAGAAAUUUCCUGAGAAGGAUUGAAUGCUUUUUGAAAAAUUCAUUGCUGCCCGAAGCAGCCUGCCACCCCGCCAUAUUCAGAAUUGUUGAUGAGACUUUCAGGUAUGCCCUCCUGGAAACCGAUGGAGCCCCAGAAGUACUAGCCACUAUUCAAGUGUUUACAUGGUGCUUUGUGGAAGCUCUGGAAAAACAAAACAAGCAGCUGAAGUUUACACUCAAGACCUACUUUCCUUAUGCUUCUCCAUCUCUUGUUAUGGUGCUGCUUCAACACCCGAAAGAUAUUCCACAAGACCUGUGGCACCAACCACUGAAACAUAUUUCUGAAAUGCUCAGAGAAAUAGUUGAAGACCAGACUCACAGGUCCUACGGAGGCCCCUUUGAGUGCUGGUUUUUGUUCAUUCACUUUGGAGGAUGGGCUGACAUUGCGGCUGAGCAGCUAGUGAUGUCAGAAGCUGAACCCCCCGAAGCCCUGCUGUGGCUCUUGGCAUUCAGCUAUGGCCCAUGUGACAGGAGUCAGCAGCGAGCACAAACCAUGGUAGAGGUAAAGGCAGUGCUCGGCCACCUAAAAAGGCUGCUCAGAAAUCCAAUUCUCUCAGCCAGGGAUCUACAGGCAGCAACUGCAGAAAGCCGAGACCAAGACACCAGACCACCUUCAUGUCAACAGCUGAUUAGGCACCUCCUCCUGAACUUCCUGCUCUGGGCUCCUGGAGGCCAUGCGAUUGCUCAAGAAGUCAUCACCCUUAUGGCCCCAACGGAUGAGAUAGGCCACGAGAUUGCUGGCUUUCUUGACCAGACCUUGUACAGAUGGGAUCGCCUCUGCCUGGAAGCCCCUAGGCCGAGAAAACUGGCCCAGGAGCUCCUGGCUGAGCUGCAUGCACACAUCCAGCACCAGCCUGCUGCACGUGGAGCUGCCAUGCAUGCAGCAGGCUCCCCGAGGCCUCGUGAUGAAACGAUGAGACCAGUUCUUCGUGGAAUGAGUGUUGAGGAUGAGCCAUAGACCUCUUGGCAAGAGCUGCAAGUACAUAUUUUAUGAAGUGAGAAGACAAGUUCUUUAGUCCAAGCUCAGUCCGGUUUAUUAGUUCAUGAGUAGAUUGUGCCUUGAGCAUUCCCUACCUGCUCAGUCCAACUGUCAGAGAAUCACUGGAGAAAAACCGUGAAUAGGAGAACACUUUCAUUUCCUUUUUUCCUCAUAUCACAUGAAGAUACACAACUAUUACUUGAGUGGUUCAGAGUCUUUGGACCAAGAAAUUGGUCAUGAACCACUGAUCAAUUUAGAAGUAAUUUAAUCCUUUUCCACAUACCUCUUUUUUCAGAAGUCAGGCUACUGUUAUUGGUGUUUCUUUUAAUCCACGGGGCUUUGAGAUAAAACCACACUCUGUUGCUUCCCUAAGAAAUUCUUCACUGAGGAGUCUCUCGGGCACCUCUGAGGUCAAGCAGAGGCCAUCAGGCCCAGUAACAAGUGGUAGUGACCGGGGCCAUUGCUCACUGGUGGGCACUCAAGCCAACCCUGCUAUGGAGAACAGCACUGCUUAGCAAGGAAAUAAAGCCAGUUCAAAUGCUAACUCCUUUUGCUUUCUAUUUGCUAAACACUCCCACUAAGAGAGCUCACAUUGCCUCAGGGCUGACAGGGGAGAAUAUAGGCUGUGUUCUGGAAGAAGAGAUUAUAUUUCAGUUGUCUAGUUA